AUGAGAGCCAUGGCAGACCAUCACAAAGCGCCUCCCAGCUACGAAUCCGGCCAAUUCUCCCGUUCAUCGACGACGCUCGUCCCCUCCGAUUCGCCAAAGGUCCCGCUAGCCCAACACAACGGACAGCAGCCCGGCCUGCUCACCGCCUCCAACUCCUUCACACGGCUGUCGCCCGGCGCCGACGCCGACCCCUAUGUCCGCCGCGUCAAGAGUUCGGUGAACCUGUCCCACCGCUCGGGGAGUGACCUCGACGCGGGGCCCUCCUUCGACGGACCCCGCACGGCCGCGCAGCCACCGCCCGCGGGGACGAAAGCCGUGCUCAAGCAGGCUCUCGAGGAGGCCCAGUUCUUCGCCGGCGGCAUUUUAUCCCGCGCCGUGGAAUCCACCAAGCACUACAGCAUCAUCCGCCACUCCUUCGCCAUCCAAAAGGGAUUCUCCGGCAAGACGGGCAUGGCGCUCAAGGCCAGGCUGGGCGGGGGUGUCGACGGCUGGAUCAACGUCACCCCGGCCUCCGCCGCCUCGGCGUCGCAGCUGCCUCCCAACGACGAGCGCGCUUUCCAGCGGGACCUGAAGCGCUUCGCCGAGAAGGCGUCGGGUCGCCUCCGGAAACACCUCCCGCGCGAAACGCUUGUGGUGAGGAUCCCGGCCGGGGCGUCGGACGGGUACUAUCGGCUCGUCUUGUGUGAGGGUGCGGACCCGGGCAAGCGUCAUACGUGGCGCGGGCCUCCGCUCCAUCCCCUCGAGGUCGGUGUCAAGGUCGGUUCCGUGAUCGCGACCAACACGGUGCUCCGCUAUGUGGCUCCCGUGACCGGGAUCGUGGGGUCCCGCGUCGCCAAGUACGGGUCCAAGAUGAAGUUGGCGAAGAAGGGCGCGUCCAUGGCUUACCAGCAGCACGAUGAACAGUGGAGGAAUAUCCGCCAGCAAAAGCACAACCAGUUGCUAGCGGCGGAUGCGGGGCUCCUGAGCACCGGCGAUCCCUCCAUCGUGUGCGCGAUCGGCUCCGAGAUGGGUCCGGAGCCUCCCUUUCCGACAAGGUUCACCGGGGUGGUGGUCAAAGGGACGGGUCUUUCUAGGGAGAGGUACGGCGUUCCGACCGCCAACCUGUCUGGCUUGCCGGAGGAGAUCAAGGCCUCCUUCAAGGGCGUUUUCGUCGCCUGGGCCCGCGUUCAGCCCAAGAAGGACCUCAACGUGACCAACGAGUGGUGCGAGGCCGUUGUCACCGUUGCGCCGUUGAUGCAUGGCCCUGUGGGAGCGGUGCGCAAAACAAAAGCCGCCGUUCACUUCCUCAACGAUUUUGAAGUUGACUUUUUCGAGGCAAAGGUCGAUGUGCUCUUGAUGGGUUUCAUCCGCCAGGCGACAAUGCUUCCGAACGAGCCCUCUGAUGCGCUGGAUAGUGCGAUGCUCGACGCCCUGCUACAAGACGUCAUCGUGUCGGUGGCGAGCUUGAGGAGGGAGCACUGGGGACACGAGGACGCCCUUCAGCGGCUAAAGACGGUUGAGUCGGAGAAGAGCUUCUCCUCCAAGCUCAUGGAUGUGCGGGACAAGGUACAGAAUAACCUAGAGAGGGUCCCGCUGCAUCUUGCCGGGGUACGGUCGGAGUCUGAUCAGUUCCGGGACGCUGUUUACGGAGCGGGGGAUUGUACAUAA